AUGUCCGGCCAUCGCCACCACCAUCAUCAUCGCCAAGAGUACGAUGACGAUCGCGGGUACCAACAACAGGGAUACCAACGGCAGGGAUACCAAGAACAACCUCAGCAGUUCCAGCAGCCUGUCCAACACUUCCAACAGUUUCAGCAGCCUCAGUACGCUCGACCUCAAUACUCUCACCAACAGGGACCACGUCGGAAAUCUCUCCUCAUCGGCAUCAACUACGUCGGCAGCCAGCAUGCUUUACAGGGCUGCCACCAGGAUGUGGACAAUGUCCAUCAGUUCCUCUCGGCACAAGGGUACUCUUCAGACCCCCGCGACCAAGUCAUCAUGCGUGACGACUCGCGUACGGACCCUCGCGGACCAUUCUGGCCUAAUGGACACAACAUGCUAGCAGCGAUGCAAUGGCUAGUCUCCGAACCUGGAACUUGCUGCUUCCUCCACUACAGCGGCCACGGUGGUCAAGUCAAAGACCCAGAUGGCGAUCGCGCCAGCGGCUACGAUGACACUAUCGUACCUGUUGACUUCGAAGCCAGAGGUCAACUGGACAGCGACACACUACACAAGACCAUCGUAUCCAGGAUGCCCAGCAACAGCACUCUGAUGGUGCUGUUUGACUGCUGCCACUCUGGGUCCGCCAUAGAGCUGCCUUACGUCUACCGCUCUGACGGAGAAGGCAACGUCUCAAUGGUCGACAACGUCAAACAAGGCGUCCACCUCAUGACCGCAGCAUACGACCUGAUCCAAGGAGGCUUCAACAUGAACAAAGUCCAGGACGCCAAGCAACUCCUCGCAGGCGCCACGUCGUUCUUCAAAGGCUUGCAGCACAAGCAAGCUCCUGCGGACGAGAACGGCCUAGCGGAGGAUGAAUUCGUGGAAGAUUGGAAGUCCGAGCACAAGAACGUGUGGAUGUACUCUGGGUGCCGGGACGACCAGACCUCGGCUGAUGCUUCCAUCGCUGGGGCGCACGUUGGUGCCAUGUCUUGGGCGUUCCUGGAGUCUAUGAAGCGCUUUGGUCGGCAGCAGAGCUUCAUUCAGGUACUACAGAACACACGGCAGAUUCUUCGCGAUAGGUAUAAGCAGGUUCCGCAGCUCAGUGCUGGAUACGAGAUGGACCUCAACCGGCCCAUUGCUAUUUGA